AUGGCUCUUCACAAGAAUGUUCCUCCCAAUGAGCCAGCUAGUGGGAGUUUAAAAUCGUUGACUUUUUCCGGAAAGGUGAAGGAGAGAAGUCAACUUGUUGAGAUGGAGAAUAAAAGAGGAAAUGAAGGUGAAGCAGAUAUUGACCUUCGAGAGGUGUAUUUUCUGAUUAUGCAUUUCUUGUCAGCUGGGCCAUGUCAUCGGACAUAUGGUCAGUUUUGGAAUGAGCUUCUUGAGCAUCAGUUGUUGCCUAGAAGAUAUCAUGCUUGGUAUUCAAGAACUGGUGCUACAAGUGGAGAUGAAGAUGAUGAUGGCAAGUCUUUCCCUUUGAGCUACAAUAAGUUGGUGGAAAGGUAUCCUCACAUAGAGAAGGAUCACUUGGUGAAGCUGUUGAAGCAAUUGUUAAGUGGUGCAGCUUCUUCUUCUUCUUCAUCAUCAUCACAGGGCAUCAUUGUACAUACUCCAUUGAAUGCUGCUGCUGUCCCUACUCUUUUGGGCACUGGCUCCUUUUCACUUUUGAAUGGUGAUGUGAAGAACAAGGAAGUGAAACGGGGCCCACCGGGGUUCAUGAGGUGGCCUCAUAUGCAGGCGGAUCAAGUGCGUGGGCUUGGGCUGAGGGAAAUUGGUGGAGGGUUUGCAAGGCAUCACCGGGCCCCAUCCAUCAGGGCAGCUUCUUAUGCCAUUGUGAAGCCCUCCACCAUGGUUCAAAAGAUGGAGAAUCUUAAGAAGCUUAGAGGCCAUAGAAAUGCUGUCUAUUGUGCAAUAUUUGAUCGAUUAGGGAGAUAUGUGAUUACUGGUUCAGAUGACCGGCUUGUAAAAAUCUGGUCAAUGGAAACUGCAUAUUGCUUAGCCAGUUGUCGUGGACAUGAAGGUGACAUUACAGACCUUGCUGUGAGCUUCAACAAUGCACUGGUUGCUUCUGCUUCAAAUGACUGCAUUAUUCGAGUUUGGAGGCUAGCAGAUGGGCUUCCGAUUUCAGUCUUACGAGGUCACACAGGGGCAGUUACAGCAAUUGCCUUUAGUCCUAGGCUGGGCUCCGUUUAUCAGCUAUUGUCGUCGUCUGAUGAUGGAUCAUGUAGGAUUUGGGAUGCUAGGCAUUCUCAAUUUAGUCCAAGAAUAUACAUUCCUAAGCCUCCUGAACCUCAACCUGGGAAAAGCAAUGGCCCAUCAACAUCAAAUUUUGUUCCUCAAAGUCAUCAGAUAUUUUGCUGUGCAUUCAAUGCUAGUGGAACUGUUUUUGUCACUGGAAGCUCAGACACUUUUGCAAGGGUUUGGAAUGCGUGUAAACCUAGCAAUGAUGAUCCGGAGCAACCCAAUCAUGAGAUGGAUAUUUUAGCUGGGCAUGAAAAUGAUGUUAAUUAUGUACAAUUUAGCGGCUGUGCUGUGGCUUCUAGAUUUUCUCUAUCUGAUGCUUCUAAAGAAGAAAACCUUCCGAAAUUCAAGAAUACAUGGUUUACCCAUGACAACAUUGUCACUUGUUCCCGUGAUGGAAGUGCAAUUAUUUGGGUUCCAAAAUCACGAAGAUCCCAUGGUAGAGUUGGAAGGUGGACACGGGCGUAUCACCUGAAAGUUCCUCCACCACCAAUGCCGCCACAACCACCACGAGGAGGCCCCCGGCAAAGGAUUCUGCCGACACCACGUGGUGUUAAUAUGAUUGUCUGGAGCCUUGACAACCGUUUUGUCCUUGCUGCCAUCAUGGAUUGCAGAAUAUGUGUCUGGAAUGCUGUUGAUGGUAGCUUAGUCCAUUCUUUAACUGGUCACAGUGAAUCUACUUAUGUUUUGGAUGUUCAUCCUUUUAAUCCACGGAUAGCUAUGAGUGCUGGAUAUGAUGGAAAAACAAUAGUGUGGGAUAUUUGGGAAGGAUUGCCUAUUCGUAUAUUUGAAAUCGGACGCUUCAAGCUAGUUGAUGGAAAAUUCUCUCCGGAUGGGACGUCCAUUAUACUGUCUGAUGAGGUUGGUCAGUUAUAUAUAUUAAGCACCGGUCAAGGAGAGGCACAGAAUGAUGCAAAAUAUGAUCAGUUUUUUCUUGGAGAUUACAGGCCACUGGUCCAAGAUGCACAUGGAAAUGUUCUCGAUCAAGAAACACAACUUGCUCCCUAUCGAAGGAAUAUGCAAGAUCUCCUUUGUGAUUCAGGCAUGAUUCCAUACCCGGAGCCUUACCAAAGCACAUACCAACAAAGGCGGUUAGGAGCUCUAGGGUUUGAAUGGAGGCCAUCCUCUGUGAGGUUUGCUGUAGGAACCGACAUCAGUCUUGACCAAGAGUACCAGGUCCCACCAAUUGCUGACCUGGAUAUAUUACUGGACCCACUUCCAGAGUUUCUUGAUGCCAUGGAUUGGGAGCCAGAGAUAGAAGUACAAAGUGAUGAAAAUGAUUCUGAGUAUAAUGUGACCGAGGAAUAUCGGUCAGGAGGAGAACAAGGAAGUUUGACUUCAAAUGCUUCGGGCAGCUUGGAAUGCAGUGGUGGAGAUACAGAGGAUCAAAGUGACACUACUAGUAUCCGUAGGUCUAAAAAGAAAAAGAUCAAGCCAGAAGUUGAGUUCAUGACAUCUUCAGGGAGACGUGUGAAAAGGAGGAAUUUAGACGGUGAAGAGACUGCAAUCAGAAACAAUCGAAGCAGAAAGUCAAGAUUCGGUCAAAAAGCUUCUAAAAAGAAGUCAUCUCAGUCCAAAUCUUCAAGGCCAAGAAGGGCAGCUGCCCGAAAUGCCCUAAGUUUUCUUUCCCGAAUAAGUGGAAAAGCCUCCGAGGGAGAAGAAGAAGAGGAGGAAGAAGAAGAAGAAGAAGAGGAAGCCAUAGAAGGCGGUGAUUCAUAUGAAAGCUAUUCCAGUCAGCAAGAAACCGAAGCCGGAAGUGAGGAAACCGAAAUGUCAUUCGAAAAUGACCAAAACGGACAUUCAAAAGGUAAAGAAAUUGCAUCCGAAGACACUGGUAUUCCCCAAGAAAGUCCGGAAUUGCGUAUUCCGACCGGAAAAAGACGAUUGGUGUUCAAACUUCCGAGAAAACGGUCGGUUGUAGAGAACAAGAUAGACGAUGUUGCGGGCCCGUCUUCGAUAGAUGAAUCUAGAUAUAAAGAUGGAGAUAUUAAAUGGGGAGGUGCAAAAUCCCGUUCAUCAAAACGUUCAAGAAUCUCCGAACCAAUUGCUAAAUCAUCGCCAUGUCCCGAGGGCAGUUUCGUCAAUGAAUUUGAAAACAAGGAGGAGUUCACGGUUCCCACAAGUCCUUUCGAUGUCCAAAUUGAAAAGGGCAAAAUGGUCAAGUCCGAGCUGGAUAACGAGACCCAUAUCCCGAUACCGACAAAGUUUAGAAUCAAGUCAAGCGUCCUUUUAAAAGACCAAGAUUCUCCAACAAAACUAACGAUUAGAUCAUCGGUACAAGAAUCAAGAAACGGAGGAGGAGAAGGUACGAUGUUGUCUGACGACUCAACCUCGGACCUUCCGGAAACAAAGCUAACAAAUUCAGAUGAUCAUGAUCGGGACCAGGAUACUCAAGAGACCCAAAAGCCCGAUUCGCGGGAUAAUAAGAUGUUUAAAGAAGUUUACAGACGGUCAAAGUCAACCAGGACAAGGGCAAAUUCGUCAAUUAACGGCAUGGAAGCAAGUACAUCGAACGCGGACAAUCAAAACGAAAGAAUCCAUGGGACACGAAGGAAUGUGAAUUUGAGGGGGGUUGUUGAUGACGUGGAUGUGUCUGUUUCUGAAGACACUUCAAGUAAAGAAAAGUAUUCCACGGAUGGAGGUGAUGAGGUGGCACGAGACGAGGGUAGGUUGAAUUCAAGACACACGGUUGGAUUAAGAUCGACACGAACAAGGAGAAGCGUUGAUUACAAUCGGAAAAAUAGGUCACCAGAGAAAAAGAAAGCACACCAGCUAACAAGAAGCUCAUGGUUGAUGCUUUCGACUCACGAGGAAGGGUCCCGCUAUAUUCCUCAGCUUGGGGAUGAAGUGGUAUACUUCAGACAGGGUCAUAAAGAAUACAUUGAGGGUAGCAAUUCAAGAGAGAUGGUUCCAUGGAGAUCGCUCAAGGGAAACAUAAGAGACGUGGAGUUUUGUAAAGUCAAAGAUCUGGAGUACUCAACACGUCCUGGAUCCGGUGAAGGCUGCUGCAAAAUGACCCUGCAGUUUGAGGACCAGUCUUCCAAUGUUGUUGGAAAGUCCUUCAAGUUGACUCUUCCGGAAGUUACCGGAUUCCCUGACUUUCUAGUUGAAAGAAGCAGGUAUGAUGCUGCCAUGGAGAGGGACUGGAGGUGUCGCGAUAAAUGCCAGGUUUGGUGGAAAAACGAAGGGGACGAAAACAGUGGGGAAUGGUGGAAUGGGAGGAUUGUGGGGGUGAAGGCUAAAGAUGCUGAGUUUCCUGAUAGUCCGUGGGAGAGGUUUUCUGUUCAGUAUAAAGGCGACACUGAAGUCCUUCUGCAUAGUCCUUGGGAGCUUUAUGAUGCUGCUGCUAUGGUGUUGGAGGAGCCACGUAUCGAUGAUCAUGUUAGAAAUAAGCUUAUCCGUGCUUUGGCUAAACUCGAACAAUCCGGAAACAAAUCUUCUGAGGAUCAUUAUGGUGUUCAGAAAUUGAGACAAGUGUCUCAGUCAUCAACAUUUAUCAACAGGUUUCCGGUGCCUUUGACUCUUGAUGUGAUCCAAUCGAGACUAGAGAACAAUUACUACAGAAGAUUUGCAGCAAUGAAACAUGAUGUGGAGGUGUUGUUAGAGAACGCCGAGAUUUACUUUGGGAGAAAUAAAGAUAACUCAAUGAAGAUGAGACGUUUAUCAGACUGGUUUACAAGGACACUUUCGUCUUUGUAGCUUUCAAUUUUCUUUUUCUUUUUUUGAUUUUUUUUUUUUAAAAGCACAGUUUUGUAGAGGAAAAAAUGCCAGAGUUUGCGAAAUUGGUUGGUGGUUUUUACUUGUAGAUAAAUUAUCAUGACUUGCGAAUCUCUAGGGUUUUUUUUUUAUUUUUUCUAAAGGGCAUUUGGCAUUAUGAAGAUUGCUUUGGUUUCUUGGAUUUUAGUAGUAGGAGGGUUUAUUUAGGAAGAUGAUAAUUGUAUAGACCAUAGACAGACAAACAAACAAACAGAGACAGAUUCUUAAAGCAAUCUAACAGAAAGUCGAAACAUUUCAGUCGA